UGACAUCUAAACCAGUGCUAUUUACUGGAUCAUCUCCUGAAGAACAUGUCCAAAGCUGCUGUGACUACUUUGACACUUUAUUCUCUUCCCCAGAAACACUUAGUGUUAAAAUCGGCAGCUUUAUUGAAUCGAUUUUGAUUGACAGUGUCAGUGUUGGUGUCAGCAGAAAAGUAUUUUCCCAUGUCAUUUCAAGAGUAAAAUCUCUCCAAACUGAUUUAUGUUUAGAAUACUGUGGUAUUCUCACUGAAGCAUUGAAAUUAAGACUCAUGUCUUUUGAAGACCAGAUAACAGAAUUAAAUCAACACAUGGCUUAUCUCUAUGAAGCUAUGAAAGAUUUUGGUAAAGCUGCAUCGAAUUUGAGUGCAAUACCACUGGAAAACAGCCAAAAGAACUAUUCAAAAGCAUUCACCACUCAGAUGUAUCUCAAAAUAGCUCAUCUGUAUCUUGAAGGAAGAGACUCAAAUCAGGCUGAGAUAUUCAUUAACCGUGCUUCGUUAUUAAUCACAUCAACUACUGAGCCAGACUUACAGGUAAAAUACAAGCUAUGCUAUGCCAAAUUGCUGGACUUCAGGAAAAAGUUUCUUGAAGCUGCACGUCGAUACCAGGAACUGAGUUUGGAGCCAAGACUCUCAUUAGCAGAGCAGAAUGAACUUCUCCGACAUUCGAUAUUAUGUGCUAUAAUAGCACCUGCUGGGGUGCACAGAUCUCGACUUUUGUCCUCCCUUAUAAAAGAUGAGCGUUCCCCAAUUAUCCAUGGUAUGUUAAGAAACACGCAGUUGGGACACCUCAUAACUCUUCAACAGGUAACACUGUUUGAGAAAGAGUUGGAUGAACACCAGCGAGAAAAACUUGCAAAUGGUAUGACGAUUUUAGAAGCAGCAGUAAUGGAGCAUAACCUUCUAGCCAUCUCAAACAUCUACAAAUCUAUAAAAAUUGACAACCUUGCUCAACUACUGAGAGUACCUGCUUUACAAGCAGAAACAGUAGUUGGUAAAAUGAUAGCUGAGCAAAGGAUUUGUGGCAGUAUUGACCAAAUUGAUCAGAUCAUUACAUUUGAGGUCAAAACUCAGCCGUGGGACGAACAUAUUAAUGUUGUUUGCAACAAGGUGAAUCACGUGAUUGAUCUUCUGAAUCAAUUUGAACCCGAAUUCUUGAAAGAGAGAUUACAGCAUUACGGGUGCUGAUUAAGACAUGAUGGGAAAUAUAUGGGUAUAAUGUACAUUGUUCAUGGUAGACUGCUUGGGAGUGUCAUGAAGCUGAUUGCAUACCAAAAUACCAGAUAU